UCUACACAAGAUGGGUUUCACUUUACAUUUCAUUAUACUCUUAAUUGUCAACCGUUUCAUUUAUAAUGUUAUAUGUUUGUAAUUGUCAGCCUUUUUGUUGCCAAACAAGCGUACGUGUGUAGAAGACAAGGGGGCACAGAAAACCAGGGGAAACUACUUUUUGGCCAACAGUUAAGCGGCGGUCUCCAAUGUAAACAUCUGUGAAAACAUCAGCUUGCGUGUAGUCUAGUGAAAUGAGUCACUUUACAGUUGCGCAAAACAAAGCAACGGACCGAAGGCGCCGAGCAGCACGGGACCAAAAAGAAAAAUGGUGAAACAAGUGGUAACAGCAUGUUUUGUUCUUUUCCAUGGCAUUAUUUUUUACUGGGCGUUUAUGACAUCAUGUUCUAAUGUACAAUCAUCUUCAAAAAGCAUACCAACGAUUGCCAGGUAUUUUGGCACCAAAGGUCGGUAUGAGGAGGUUAACACCUACUUAAUCGAUGAUAUUUUCGCCAUAAACGAUUCACUCGUGACGCAACCAUCCUCUAAAUGCAAUGCAGUUCAUCUGACAGCAAUAAUCCGUCAUGGGACAAGAUUGCCGACCAAUAAAAACGUACUAAAGAUGCGUGAUUUCUAUAACCUCGUGCUGCGUAAUGCUUCUGGUAAUGUAAACUAUUUAUCAGAGAUCAAGUCAAAGUGGACGAUGUGGUACACGCAAGACAUGGACGGGCAACUGGUGGACAAAGGCAGACAUGAUCAUAGUUAUUUGGCGCAGAGGUUGAUCAAAUGGUUCCCAUCUUUGCUGUCCGAGGACAAUGUGCGUAACGGAGGCGUGAAACUGAAGACCAGCUCUAAACACAGAUGUGUAAACAGUACCAUAGCUUUUAGGAUGGGACUAAUGCAAGGACUAAAUAUAGAAGUUGAUUUGAACAUCACAAUAAAUGACACUUUGAUGCGUUACUUCGACCAGUGCGAACGGUAUGUGAAAGAAGUGGAGAGUAACAAAAGUGCCUUGGCAGAGAUGAACCGUUUUAAUGAAGGCCCUGAGAUGAAGAGAUCGAUGGAGAAAAUGGCUGACAGACUGGAAGUCCCUUAUGCCAGCAUCACUGAUGAUUCAAUGGAAGCAGCAUUCUACCUCUGUGCUUAUGAAUUCACUAUCAACGGGUUGAACUCACCCUGGUGCCAGCUGUUUGAUGAGUCAGAUGCAGAGGUGAUGGAGUACGUUAAUGACCUUAAACAGUACUGGAAGAGAAGCUACGGACAUGAAAUCAACAGCAAGUCCAGCUGCAUCCUGUUUCAUGACCUCUUCAGUCGCCUUGACCGAAUUGAAGACCAGAUCAACUCAAACAGUUCAGUAUCAGAGGCAGUAAUGGUGCAGGUUGGCCACGCUGAGACUCUGAUUCCCCUCUUCACCCUUUUGGAUCUGUUCAAGGAUGAUACACCUCUCAAGUCAACUAACUUUGCCACCCAACAGAACAGAACCUUUCGAAGUGGCCGUUUUGUGCCAUAUGCUGCCAACCUGUUGGUAGUGAUGUACGAUUGUCCUGAUGGGAUCAGAAUUGGGGUGCGACUCAAUGAAAAAUCUUUGACCUUGCCUGGACUCAGUGAUCCCGUCCCCUUGUAUAAGGAUGUGAAGAAGCGCUAUAAUGCUCUGCUGAGUGGGUGUGACCAAGAUACUGUGUGUAAAAUUUCAUAACAGUAAAACUAGUAAAACUAACUAUAACUUUGAAGACCACCAGCCAGGCCAACAGUGUUGCUGUAUAUAAUUCAGAAGUGGAUAAAACAGCUGCCAAAAAGAUAUAACACUUUGGGUGGUUUUCUGGAGAGAGCUUAAAGGAAUAGUCUACUCAUUUUCAAUAUUAAAAUAUGUUAUUACCUUAACUAAGAAUUGUUGAUACAUCCCUCUAUCAUCUGUGUGCGUGCACGUAAGCGCUGGAGCGCGCUGCGACGCUUCGAUAGCAUUUAGCUUAGCCCCAUUCAUUCAAUGGUACCAUUUAGAGAUAAAGUUAGAAGUGACCAAACACAUCAACGUUUUUCCUAUUUAAGACGAGUAGUUAUACGAGCAAGUUUGGUGGUACAAAAUAAAACGUAGCGCUUUUCUUAGCGGAUUUAAAAGAGGAACUAUAUUUUAUGGCGUAAUAGCACUUCUGGGAGUACUUCGACUCGCCUGAAAAGUCCGCUCCCCUUCUCCCUCUCAUAAUGGGAGAGGGAGGGUGUUACUGCGCCGAGUCGAAGUACUCCCAAAAGUGCUAUUACUCCAUAAAAUGUAGCUCCUCUUUUAAAUCCGCUUAGAAAAGCGCUACGUUUUAUUUUGUACCACCAAACUUGCUCGUAUAACUACUCGUCUUAAAUAGGAAAAACGUUGAUGUGUUUGGUCACUUCUAACUUUAUCUCUAAAUGGUACCAUUGAAUGAAUGGGGCUAAGCUAAAUGCUAUCGAAGCGUCGCAGCGCGCUCCAGCGCUUACGUGCACGCACAGAUGAUAGAGGGAUGUAUCAACAAUUCUUAGUUAAGGUAAUAAAAUAUUUAAAUAUUGAAAAUGAGUAGACUAUUCCUUUAAGUCCCAGAGUAAAAUUCGGUCUUAACUGAAGACAGCUUACAUUGACAUCUCUUAAAUAUAUUAGUGCCAUUGUUUUUGUCUCAAGAUGCACACCAGUAAUGUUUUGUAAAAAAAAAGAUUUUUGUAAUAUUGAAAUGUUAAAGAUUAAUUGAUCUUUGAAAAAUUGCUUUUUUUAUGGGACAAGGUUUAGGUUAUCCAGGACUAUACCUUAUUUAUAUUGGGUCAUUUAAGAAGUUUUUAAAAACAUACCUUACAAAAACACCACAGAUGUGGAUCUUGAGACAAAACAAUGCCACGAUAUAUGUUAUAAUUAGGGAUCGACCGAUAUGGAUUUUUCAGUGCCGAUGCCGAUACCGAUUUUUGUUUCAUCAGCCUUAGCCGAUGACCGAUACAGGCUGCCGAUUUUCUUGAGCCGAUAUUUGGAGCCGAUACUGCUUUUGCUCACUCAAUUUACAUCAUAAAAAUUAUGUAAAAAAAUGGCAUGUUGUUAAAAAGAGAUGUUAUUAGUUUGGACAGUUCUUACAUUCAUUUUAGUCUAGGACUAGUCUAAUCCCUGUCCGGGAAACCGCCCCAUAGAGAUGAGAAAUAAAAACCAGCUUUGUUCAGCUAUGAUCAGCUGUUAGGCCGAGCUUUCGAUGUUGUCAUGGAAAGGUUAAUUGUUUUUAGUCACAUGACCUGCAAUCGCUUGCGGGUUCCAGCACUCUGUCUGUAAAUAAUGGCAGAAAAAAAUCGGCGAACAUGACAGCCACGUAUCGGCCGAUGCCGAUACACAUAAAACUCGCAAAUAUCGGCCCGAUAUAUCGGCUGGCCGAUAUAUCGGUCUAUCACUAGUUAUAAUUAGUAAGGACAAGGGUUUUUUAAAUUGAAGCAGCUCAAACAUGCAUUUUAGUCUGGGACUAGGAUAAGCCUUGUCCGGGAAACCGCCCCUAAAUGUUCACUUCAGUUUUAUGUGCAAUGAUCAUGGGCUGACAAAAAGGGAACAAAAUAACAUUGCAGUAUUAUUAGUUACAAGACUGGUAUAGUCUGCAACUAAAGUUUACUUGAUUUGGAAACUGGCUUUAUAUUUAUUUUGUAAGUUCAGCAAAAAAAGUUUGACCAAAUUCACCUUCACUUGAUUGAUGAUGCCUGUCACCUCAAAAUGCAUUACUGAUGCAGUACAGUAAGUCAUUGUAUUCUUUAAUCAAUCAAUAUAUAUAAUGUUUAUAUAUUCAGACCAAAGAUCUUUGUAACUUUACAAAUAAUAACAAUUGUUUAAUAACUGUAUAAUAACAAUUAUUAGCAUAGCAUAGGCCUUUUUAUUAGCACAUCUGUAAAUCAGCAGAUUAUAUUCGCGUGUGGAUUGUUUUAGAUUUAUCUCAUUAAGCAUGGCUUGACUUACAAGGCAAAUGUACAUUAAAAAAAAUUUGAUCCAGUUAAGUAGGCUUUGGGUUCAGUUAAUGUAUGAUUCCUGCAUAAUUUCCUGGAGUUUUUUUUUUGUACUGCACAUUGUGUACCUCAUUUCUGUCGUAAAUCAUAAACCAGCCAGACAAUAAAGGGAUGCUUUACUGA